GAUAAAAACUGUGAAGUCGUAGAAUGAUACUUGGCUGGCUAUUUAUACUACAUGGGGCCAUAUAUUUUCUAUUUUGUUGGCUAGCCAGUGAACGGGUUUCGGUUUAAUGAUAUUGUUAAGUUAGCUGUCUGGCUAUAAGGCUACACAGCAAGAAAGCGACAAUGAGUCAUUUUCCAUUUCCGCACACCACUGAAGUCCUCCACGUUUUCCCUUCUGUCUUGUCUCCCUGGUAGCAAGUUUGGAAUGUGGUCUUCUUGGUGCUUGUAUUUGUAGCUAAUCGUUUAGCAUUAAUCCUGGGUCCAGCCCCGGACUCUGGGUUAGAAAUAACUCAUACGAUCUGGAUGAUGAUAUUGUACAAAAUGCUGUAUCCGGGUUCUAUGUAUUCCCAGCCCCGCAACAUGAAUACAUCGUAACUUAGCUGUGAGUGGCUAAUUGUUGUUUGUUGAAAAUACAGGUUUAGGGCCGCGCCCCCUCAGCACUCUGAUCUCAGGGCAGGCAAGCACAGUGUAAAAUGGCGCACAGCUGUCGGUGGCGGUUCCCCGCUCGGCCCGGUGGGAUCAACAACGCGGGCAGCGGGAGAAGAGCGGGCCGGAUACGGGUCACUGCCUCUCUCCGAACUGGCACCGGAUCCCACCCGAACACAUACGGCCUUGGGCCGGGCUUUGAUGCUGCGUUGCAAGUCUCGGCUGCCAUCGGCAACAACCUGCAGAAAUUUCGGGAUGUUUUUGGGGAGGAAAGUGGCUCUAGCAGCGGGGAGGAGGAGCCAUUUUGUGGAUUCCGAACGCAGAGCGGAAACAGAAGAUCACAGAGCGCCACCAGGCCCACCGCAGCCAAGUCUGCACAGGAGAAGAAGCCCCGGGGCCGCCCCCCCAGGGCGCUGACCGCACAGAGAUCCCCCUCCGCACCCCCCGCCACCUCCACCUAUGGCAAACCCGAGGGUGGGGGCCGGCCCCCGGAGAAAGUCAAGCGGCCCCCCGGGAGGCCCCCGGGGUCCGGGGACAAGAGGAGAGGCCGCCCCCCGGCGUCGGCCGGGCAGCGGAGCCAGGCGGGGGCCGAGGGCAAGGACGGGGCCCAGGGGCCCGGGCCGGGGCCCGGCGAGGAGGAGAAGGGCCGGAAGGCGUCGCGGCGGACGCCCCUGGGGUCCGUGCAGCAGCAGCAGCCGCCGCAGGGCUGGGCCAAGCUUCCCCGGGAGCCCAGAGCGGGCCGCGUCUCCGCCAUCUCCAAAGCCAAGCGCCUGCGCUCCGUCAAGCUCAAGUCGCAGCUGAAAGCGGCGGUGGCGGCGGCCGCCGGCGUGAGGAAGGGGGUCCCGGGCCCCGCGGGGCAGCGGCGGAGGAGGGGCCGCCCCCCUUCGGUGGAGCGGCUCAAAGCGGAGGCCGCUGCUGCCGCCGCCGCCGCCGCUGCCGCCAGUCAGGGCUCCGCCUCCUCGGUAGCCCCGCCCCCCAUCGCAGAAGCCAAGCAGAAGGCCUUCAGGCUGCGGCGGGACAGAGACCCCGGCCCCGCCCCGCCGCUCCAGGCCGCGGCAUCGCUGGCCGCGGACGCGGUCGCCGCCUCGGACCCUCAGCUGGCCCCGCCCGCCACCCUGCCCGAGCCCGCCUCCGUCCGGCCCAGCAGGCCGGUGGGGGUGCGGCAGAGCCCGCGGCGCAUCAAGCCGGUGCGCGUGGUCCCGCCCUCCAAGCGCACCGACGCUACCAUCGCCAAGCAGCUGCUGCAGCGCGCCAAGAAGGGGGCGCAGAAGAAGCUGCUGGAGAAAGAAGGGGCGUCGGCGGCGGGCGGGGCGGCGGGGCAGGGCGGGGCCGCCGGGGAGGCGGGCGGGCGGCGGAGGAGGCGGACGCAGCUGAAGAACAUCCGGCAGUUCAUCAUGCCGGUGGUGAGCACGGUCUCCCUGCGAAUCAUAAAGACCCCCAAGCGCUUCAUCGAGGACGAGGCCAGUUUCGGGGCGCCCCCUCCCCACCUCAAAAUGCCCCGGCUGGAGGCGCCCCCCUCCGCCGCGGCCUCCCAGGCCUCCGCCGCCCCCUCGGCCCCCUCCGCGCCUGCCCCCCUCGGGGCGCCCGUCUCCGCGGGGCCCACGGCCCCCCCGGGCAGCCCCCCCCUGCCCCCUCCCGCGGCCGGUGGCGGCCCCCCGGCGGCGGGCCUGCUGCACGGCGGCAGCUGCAACAACAGCACCAGCAACGGGCGCUUCAGCAGCAGCGCGGCCUCCUGCGGCUCCAGCGCGCCCUCCCAGCACUCCUCCCAGCUCUCCUCCGGGGACUCCUCGCGCUCCUCCAGCCCCAGCCUGGACUCCUCCUGCGACUCGCAGGCCUCGGAGCGCACGCAGGCCGCCUCCGACGAGCCCGACGCCUCGCCCUCGUCCCCGGGCGAGCAGGAGGAGGGGCUGCUGCGCGCCUCGCGGCCCCCGUCCCCCCCGUCCGAGCCCGAGCACGCCGCGCUGCUGGUGGAGCGGGGCAGGCGAGGGAGGCGGGGCCACGGCGGGGCGGGGCCGGCCGACGGCAGGAAGAAGUCCGUCAUCGGUCCGGGGGUGCUGCUGCCGCCGUCCUCCCGGCCGGGGUCCCAGCCGGCCUCUUCCACCGCCUCCUCCUCCUCGUCCCCCCCUCCCCCGCCCCUCCUGGCCCCCCCGCAGCCCGCCCCGUCCUCGGCCUCGGCCAUCAGCGAGCACCACCCGCACUCGGCCUGGCUCAUCCCGUCCCACCCCAUCGCCCCCUUCAUCCCCGCCCCCGUGCUCUCGCCCCUGCAGGAGAAGCGCCCCUCCAUCCUGCGGGAGCCCACCUUCCGCUGGACCUCCGCGUCCCGCUCCGAGCAGCGCUACUUCUCUUCCGCCAAGUACGCCAAGGAGGGCCUGAUCCGCAAGCCCGUCUUCGACAACUUCCGGCCGCCCCCGCUGACCGCCGAGGACGUGGGGCUGCUGCCCCCGAGCGCCGGGGCGGGGGCGGGAGGGGGGGGCGCCUCGGCGGGGUUCCCCGCCCCGACCGGCGGGUCCUCGGCGGGCACCAGGCUGUUCUCGCCCCUGCACCACCCCUCGCACCCCCACUCCGGCUCGCACCGCCUGCCCUCGUCCCGCUUCGAGACGCCCCUCCACAAGCGCAGCCCCCUGCUCCGCGCGCCCCAGUUCACCCCCAGCGAGGCGCACUCCCGCAUCUUCGAGUCCGUCACCAUGGCGUCGCCGGCGGCCGGCGCGGGCUCCGCCUCCUCCCUGCGCUCGGCGGCCGCGGCGGGGGUCCGGACGGGGCGGCGCAGCGGCAGGAGGCACCGGGUGCUGGGGCCCCCCAGGGGCCAGCCCAGGUCCCCCUCUCACUCCAUGACCACCCGGAGCAGCCAGGCGGGCAAGGCCCCCUCCGAACUCUCCCCCCUGUCGGCCCACGCCUCCGCCGGCUCCAGCCCGCUGGCGGGCGUGGCAGUCAGUGCCUUAACUCCCCCCACCUUCAGCACCUUCCCGCCUGGGUCUCUGGGCUUCCCGCCGGAGGGCCCGGUGGACUCCUACCAGCCCAGCGGCACCGCCAGAAGGGCCGCCACCGGCCUGGGCGUGGGCGGGGACUCCUCCUCUUCCUCCUCCCCGCUCUUCCCUCUCUUCGGCGCCGGGGGAGGGAGGGAGCGGUCCUCCUCGGCCUCCAGGGACGCCGCUCCCAGGGAGAGGGACAGGGAGCCGGAAAGAGUGAAAGAGCGCGAAAAGGAAAACAAGAAGGAGGGCCGGAAAGAGCGGGAACGGAGGGGGAAGGGCGCCGCCCUGGAGUGCGCCUCCGGAACCGCACCUGGACUCUUCGCCGCGGACGGGAAGGAGGGCGAGGGCUCCCUGGCGCCCGUCGCCCCUAAAAAGCAUCCUGGCCGCAAGAAGUCCCUGCCCGUGGACUCGGGUGCAGAGGUCACCCCUACGCCGCCCACUGUGGACGGGACUGCCCUCCAGGCAGCCGCCACCGGCGCCGCGCCCAAAGGCCGCCACCACAAAAAGGGUCGGCUGGCGGACAGGGGCCAGGAGGCGGAGGCCGCGGACAGGGAGAAGGAGCGGGAGAAGGAGCGGGCGGGAGGCCUGGCCCCCCAGUCCAGGCAGGACGGCGCCCCGCGGAAGCCUCCCUCCGUCACCUCGCUGACCUCCAUGCUGGCCCAGGCCGAGAAGCAGCAGGUGGCCGACAAGCGCGUGGCGGGGCUGCUCAAGAAGGCCAAAGACCAGCUCUUCAAGAUCGAGAAGAACAAGUACCAGAAGAGCGCAGAGCAGCCCAAAGCGCAGGGCCAGGAGAGCGGUGGUGCAGAGGGCGUGGCCAGAGGCCCACGCAUCAAGCACGUGUGCCGCCGGGCCGCCGUGGCCUUGGGGCGCAACCGGGCCGUUUUCCCCGACGACAUGCCCACCCUCAGUGCCUUGCCCUGGGAGGAGAGGGAGAAGAUCCUGUCUUCCAUGGGGAACGACGACAAGUCGUCCGUGGCGGGUUCUGAGGAGGCGGAGCCCUCUGCCCCGCCCAUCAAGCCCAUCAAGCCUAUCACGCGACACCGGACGCUGCAGGAGCCCCCGGCCAGGAAGGGGCGACGGUCUCGCCGCUGUGGGCAGUGCCCCGGCUGCCAGGUCCCCGAGGACUGCGGCGUGUGCACCAACUGCCUGGACAAGCCCAAAUUUGGUGGGCGCAAUAUCAAGAAGCAGUGCUGCAAGGUGAGGAAGUGCCAGAACUUGCAGUGGAUGCCCUCAAAGGCAUUUCUGCAGAAACACGCAAAAGCAGGUAAGAAAGACAAGAAGAAGCGAAUGGCAGAAAAAAAGGAGGCGCAUCAGUCGGCCAAGAGCCAGCCCUCAGAGAGCGACCCAAAGCUAGCCCCGCCCCCUCAGAGGGACGAGCCUGCUCGCAAGAAGAGUGAAACCCCGCCUCCGAAGCACAACGAGGAGAAGCAGAAACCGCAGCAGCAGCCACAGCAGCAGCAGCCGCCGCGUCCCCCGACACCCAGCCCCUCCCCAAAGGACCCCCCUCAAGCCCCUAGCUCAGCCCCAGGGCAGGAGUCCAAGCAGCCUCAGGCAUCCCCAGCCACCGCAUCUCGAAAAGAGCGCAAAGUGCAGCAGACUGCCCCGCCCUCCUCCUCUUCACCCCACCCCACCCCUUCCCCAGCCCAGCCUGCCAGCCAGCUGCAGCAGCCCCAGCAGAGCCUAGCACCUGCAAAAAAGGAAGCGGUCACGACCCACCCCCCCACUGAGUCCAAGACGAAGUCCCAGCAGAAGGGCACGGCCACGCCCGGGACAGUGACAGCCAUCGAAGCCAAACAGAAGAAACCGACUCGGUGUGCGCUGGCCCCUAAACAGAAACCCAAAGACAAGGAAAAGUCGGCUCCAUCCAGAACAGAGAGCAGUACUUUAAACUUGCUCAGCACUCCCUCUAGUGGAGGGAACGGAAAGCAGAAGGCCCCCUUUGACGGAGUGCAUCGGAUCAGAGUGGACUUCAAAGAGGACCAUGACAUUGGGAACGUGUGGGAGAUGGGCGGGCUCAGCGUCCUGACCUCUGUGCCAAUCACCCCGCGCGUCAUCUGCUUCCUCUGCGCGAGCAGCGGCCAGGUGGAGUUUGUAUUCUGCCAGGUGUGCUGCGAACCCUUCCAUCUUUUCUGCCUUGAGGAGACAGAGCGCCCCCUGCAGGAGCAGUGGGAGAACUGGUGUUGCCGGCGCUGCCGUUACUGCCAUGUGUGUGGCCGGCAGCAUCAGAACAGCAAGCAACUUCUGGAGUGUGACAAGUGCCGAAACAGCUAUCACCCAGAGUGCCUGGGACCCAACCACCCCACCAGACCCACCAAGAAGAAGAGAGUCUGGAUCUGCACCAAGUGCGUUCGCUGCAAAAGCUGCGGCACCACCACCCCAGGAAAGGCCUGGAACGCUCAGUGGUCACAUGACUUCUCCCUGUGCCAUGACUGUGCCAAACUUUUUGAAAAAGGUAACUUCUGCCCGCUGUGCAAGAAGUGCUACGAUGACGACGACUACGAGAGCAAGAUGAUGCAGUGCGCGAGGUGCGACCGCUGGGUCCACGCCAAGUGUGAGCAACUGACAGACGAGAUGUACGAGAUCCUGUCCAACCUGCCGGAGAGCGUGGCCUACACCUGCACCAGCUGCACGGAGCGCCCCCCGGCGGAGUGGAGGACUGCCUUGGAGAAGGAGCUGCAGGGGUCCGUGCGGCAGGUCCUGACCGCGCUGCUCAACUCCCGCACCUCCACCCACCUGCUGCGCUACAGACAGGCCGUGAUGAAGCCCCCAGAGCUGAACCCGGAGCCUGAGGAGAGCCUGCCCUCCCGCCGCUCCCCCGAGGGGCCCGACCCACCUGUCCUGACAGAGGUGACCCCGCCCAAUGACUCCCCCCUGGACCUGGAGUCCGUGAAGAGGAAGAUGGAUAUGGGGAGGUACAAGGCGGUGCUGGAGUUCAGCGACGAUAUCGUGAAGAUCAUACAGAUGGCGAUCAACACUGACGGAGGACAACCGGAGAGCAGGAAGGCCAACAGCAUGGUCAAGUCCUUCUUCAUCCGGCAAAUGGAGCGCGUCUUCCCCUGGUUUAAAGUGAAGGAGUCCAGGUUCUGGGAGCCGCACAAGGGCUCUUCCAGCAGUGGACUACUUCCCAACGCCGUGCUGCCCCCCUCCCUGGACCACAACUACGCCCAGUGGCAGGAGAGGGACGAGAUGGCUCGGGCCGAGCAGCCCCCCCUCACCAAGAAGAUCAUCCCCGCACCCCGCCCCAAGGCCCCCGGCGAACCGGACUGCCCCUCCACCCCGCCCCCCGUGCACAUAGACGGCCCAGACCUCACCCGUGAGGACAGCCCCGAGCUCUCGCCCCCACCAGACGUGAGCGAUAACCGCCAGUGUGCCCUGUGCCUCAAGUACGGCGACGACAACACCAAUGACAGCGGGAGACUCCUGUAUAUUGGGCAGAACGAGUGGACCCAUGUGAACUGCGCGCUGUGGUCGGCCGAGGUGUUUGAGGAUGACGACGGCUCGCUGAAGAACGUCCACAUGGCCGUGAUUCGCGGGAAGCAGCUGCGCUGCGAGCACUGCCAGAGGUCUGGGGCCACAGUGGGCUGCUGUCUGUCCACCUGCACCAGCAACUACCACUUCAUGUGCGCCCGGCUGCGCCACUGCGUCUUCCUGGAGGACAAGAAGGUGUACUGCCAACGGCACCGUGACCUCAUCAAGGGAGAGGUGAUGUCAGAGUCCGGGUUUGAGGUGACACGGAGAAUCCUGGUGGAUUUUGAAGGGAUCAGCCUACGGAGGAAGUUUCUGAGUGGCGUAGAGCCAGAGAACAUCCACAUGAUGAUUGGCUCCAUGACCAUUGACUGCCUUGGAAUCCUGACUGAGCUCUCAGACUGUGAACGCAAACUCUUCCCCAUCGGUUACCAGUGCUCGAGGGUGUACUGGAGCACUCUGGAUGCCCGUAAGCGGUGUGUGUACACCUGCAAGAUCCUGGUGUGCUGCCCCCCAGUGGUGGAGGCUGACAUCAACAGCACUAUGGAGCACGAGGACAACAGCACCAUCACCCACAGCCCCCCCUCGUUUGCAGAAACAGAAAUGUCACCACUGCCCGAGUCCCCUUCAGUCCGCCCCUCUAAAAGCCAGCCCACCCCUACCACGCCAAGGACCAAGGCAGCCCCCCGCAGCCGGCACCCCAGUUACCCCCCAUGCCAGAGGUCCCCUGGCUCCAGACCCCUCCCUUCCACAGGAGGUCUCUCCAGCUCGCCGCAUGAGAUCGUCACUGUGGGGGACCCCCUGCUGACCCCUGGUCUGAGGAGCAUUGGGUCCCGCCGCCACAGCACCUCCUCCCUCUCCCCGCAGCCUCCCCGUCAGCGUGCCCCCUCCCCACAGAGGGGCCGCAUGGGGGCCUUCUCCUCGGCCCCUUCCCUGUCCACGGCCUGCCGAGGCUUGGGCGCGUGGGACACCACAGCUGAGAAGGAGAAGGCGAGCGGGAGGGAAGCCAAACAAAGCCGGACGCUGAGCCCGACCUCCCAGCCCAAAAACCAGGGCGGGGUUCCGGAGAAGCGGGCAGAGGGCGCCACCCGUCCAGCGGGAGGGCAAGUGGAGAGGCCUGCAUCUCGGGCGUCGGAGACGCUGCCGGCUCUGGCUGGGAGCAGCCAAGUGUCCCCGCCGCUGGCCACGGCAGUGCUGUCCGGACACCAGAGGGGUGGCAGCGGCAGCGUGAAGGCCGAAAAGGGGAAGCUGAACAUCAAAGAGCUCCCUGCUGGCACUGGCCUGGCGUCCCGCCACCCCACUGCCACCCUGCCCAAGGACGCCAGUGGCAGCGACCCGGCGAAGGAGCCCAAUCCAAGCCUGGUGCCAGGUUCCAAAGACCCGGUGAACCCUGGUUCCCCUCAGCAGGUGUUGGGCCUUCCUCCCCCGCACCACAAAAGUGUGGGGAGGAAGGCCCAAGAGCUUCGGGUGGGACAGGCUGCACCCACUGUCACAAAGCCGCUUAGGACGUCCGGAGCCUCUGCCAUCACCACGGACACUGCUGCCAAGCCCGCUGCUAAAUCCGCCUCCCAGGUGGCCGUGUCUUCUGUGACCGGCCGCGGAAUCUCUGCCCUCAAAGAGACUCGCUCCAAAGUCCGAACACCAGGCGUCAGGGAGUCCGGGAAAGAGAGGGGGAAGGCUCCUCAGAACAGCGUCGCCCAGAUGGACGUGCCUGACGGUGACACCAAAGGUCCUGGCGCACUGGAGCCGGGGGAGGUGGGAAAGCCAACGCGGGACGUGCCUCUGAAAGCCAGGGAGAGAUUCUCCAGCCCUGAGAGGAAGAACAGCACCACCCCGGAGGAGGCGCUCGGCAGGUUCGGUUUUGUGAAAGGUCAGAGGUCAUCGCAUGCCCCCUCUGAAAUAACGCGUAAGGAUUCCUCGUCAAGGGACAGGAAACGCACGAUCAAGGUAACCCUGACCCCCCUCAGAAUGGAUUCCAAUGGAACCAAGACGGCCAGCACCUCCGGGACGGCCAUGUCAGCUUCACUCUCGCCUGCCGGCCUCGGCUCCAAGAAGAAGGCCUCUCGCUCACCACUCUUCGACCAGCGUGGAGUUUGGGACAGCUCGGAGUCAGACGGGCCGACCCUCCCAGAGGAGGACCCGGAGAAGGGCCUUUUCUCUCCGCAUCCCGACGGGGAGGACGGAGAGGGGCACGGAGUGGAAGAAGGAGGGGAGCACUCUCUGGAGGACGGCAGCAGUGCAGACAAACACCACGAGGGCGACGGUGAUAGCGCCGGGUCGGCCAAGCGACGCUACCCCCGACGCAGCGCCAGGGCGCGCUCAAACAUGUUCUUCGGUCUGACUCCCUUCUACGGCGUGCGGUCCUACGGAGAGGAGGACCUCCCCUUCUGCAGCGGUGGGGAGGGCUCUGGGAAGAGGCGGGCCGGUGGCGGGACGGGGAAGCGCUCUGCCCAGGGUCAGGUCGACGGGGCCGACGACACCAGCACCACCUCCUCGGGGGAGAGCGGAGAGGAGGAGGAGGGUGGGGUCGGCCAGUGCGCUGAGGACGCUUACUACUACAACUUCACCCGCACAAUCAUCAGCCCCACCGCCGGCAGCGUCCUCCCCAUGGGCGGGAUGCAGCGGUGCCUCAUGGGAAGAGGGUCCCAACUUCAUAGGUUCCUGAAAGAAGAUAGGAGGGAUGAGGAGCGGGAAGGGGCGGGGGGAGCCCGGCGGGAGCUGGGACGUCCCAGGAUCGGACAGUUGGACGGGGUGGACGACGGCUCGGAGAGCGAUGCCAGUGUCAGCACCGCCGCCACCACCACCACCUCCACCACAGCCACCGCAGGCUCCACCUCUUCCAACAAGGGCGGUGGCAAGAGGAAGGGGCGGGAGGCGCGGGCGGAGAAGCUUGACCUGGACUCGGGGAAAGAGGCAGAGAACAGUGGCGGAGGGGGCGGAGCUAGCAACAGUCGUGAUGCCAGGAAGAGCCAGAAAGAGAACAGCCUGCCUCUGGGAGGCGUGAAAUCCCAAGGGCAGGACCCUCUGGAGGCCCAGCUCUCCCUCAAUACCGACCUGCUCAAGUCGGACUCCGACAAUACCAACAGCGAUGACUGUGGCAACAUCCUGCCUUCUGACAUCAUGGAAUUUGUGCUCAACACACCCUCCAUGCAGGCCCUGGGCCAGCAGCCGGAGGCCUCCUCGUCUGAGCUCCUGUCCCUGGAGGAGGGCUUCGGCCUGGAUGCUAAUCGGGGAAAGGAUAUCGGCCUCUUUGAGGACUUCCCCCAGCCCCUGCCCAGCGCAGAGCCAGGCGAGAGCGGCGUGAACGCGUCCAUCACUGGGGAGGAGCCAUACGGCCUCCCCCUGGAGCUGCCCUCAGACUUGUCCGUGCUCACCACCCGCAGCCCCUCGGUGACCAAUCAGAACCACAGUGCCCUGAUCGCAGAACCUGCUGAACGUCCCAUCCUCUCCAUGCCCGCCAGCGACUCCUCCGUGGAGAAAGGGGUGGAAAAGCAGAGGGGAGGAGUCAGCGUUUCCACGGAGACACAGCAGGGAGCCACCGUGGGCGGGGAAUCCCAGGUGACAGAGGGUCACAUGACACCGGAGCACUUCAUCCCCGACCGCAUGACGAGCCCUCCUGUUGGCCAGGUGGUGGAGCCGAGCGGCCAGGAUCUGGCGCGGACUUCCGGGACACCCGGGCUCCCUGGCUCGCCAUCGGUGCCCCUCCAGGGGCAGAAGUACCUGACCGCGCCUGUGGAGAGCUCCACCCCUGCCCAGGUGCCCAGCACUGCGGUCCAAACCGCUGCCACCCACCUGAAGCCGGGCCCGGAGAAGCUGAUCGUGCUGAACCAGCACAUGCAGCCACUCUAUGUCCUGCAGACCCUCCCCAACGGCGUCACGCAGGAGAUCCAGAUCGGCACCACCGGAGCCAUGGACACCAGUUCGAUGGCACUGGCAGCGGGCAUUGGCACCGGCGUACCAGUCUCCAGUGCAAUGUUCCCAGCUGGCGGUAAAGGACUGGUCACCAUGUCUCACCACCCCCAGAUCCACACCUUCCCUGGAGUCACGCAGGCCGGCUUCCAGUCUGCUAUUCCCAGUAGCACCUCCGGCCUCAUCAUCGGCGUCCACUCCCAGGACUCCCACGGCGAGCUGGCACCCGGUACCACAAUAGUCUCCAGCGCCUCGACAACGCCCCCCUCCUCAGCAAUCCCCACCUCCGUGCACGGCAAGAAGCGGCCACUAUCCCGGCUCCUGCCGCGCAAGCCCAAGAAGCUGGCCCGGUCCGGAAGCCAGCCUGUGCUGACACCCGCCGAGGUGCCGCCCAACGUGACUCUUAUAAACUUCUCGCCUACCCAGAUCCCCGCGGGCAUUCCCGCACAGUCGGGUCUGGUGGGGCUGGGAGCCGUCACCUCGGUGACCGCCGCCUCCCAGCGCAAAGUUCCCAACAUCAUCAAGCGACCCAAACCGGGGGUAGUGUACUUCGAGCCCGCCCCCAUCCAGGGCCUGUCAGCCCCUCCCGUGCAAGCGGGUGUCCUGGGCCAGGAACCCCCAAAGCACCUGGUGCCUUGCACCGUGUCCGGGCUGCACCCCAACCAGUCUGUGCUGAACGUGGUCCCCAUGGGGCCCGGCUCGGUGUCCUUGAGCUCCCCGGCGGGUCUCCUGGGCCCUGCCGAUAUGACGGGGUCCAUUGGGGGCCUGCUGCUGAAAGCCAGCCAGCAGAGCCUGGCCCUGCCCGAGCAGCAGGUGGUCCUGCAGGCCGGCGGCCCCGCCCAGACCCCCAGCACCACUGGCAUCUGCAUGCUGCCCCCGGGCCAGACCAUAAGCAUGUCGGUCGGCCAGCAGCCGGGCCAGCAGGGCGCCGCCUACCAUCUCCAGCCCCGCCCGCCGGCUCGAGCGCCCGCCGACAAGCCCCCGACCCCGGAUCGCGGUCCCGCCGGUUCCGUGGGGCAGGACGCCGGCAGGUCUCGUGUGGCGGGCGGCUCGGCCCAAAGCUCACGCACCACCCCCAUCUCCCGGGGCUCGGAGCAGCUGAGCAGCGGCGGGGCUCUGGCUCCGCCCUCCGGCAGGGGGAAGCCCAAAGCCAAGCGCACCCAGCGCAGCCCGGACAAGGCCAGCGGGAAGAAACACAAGUUCCGGCGUUCAGACAGCCCCCUCAACACUCACGACAAGCAGAGCCGAGCAUCCCCCUCCCCUGGGCUCAGGGAAGCCUUCUCUCCUGACCUCAUGGAGGUGGAGCCAACAGAAAGGGACCAGAAGACUGGUGGGACCCCGGCCGCGGCGGCCAUUCCCCCCGUUAUUACCCCCAAGGUCACUGAGUCCAAACCCAAAGUCUCAGCACCAGGCAUCCAUCCUCAGAGCGAAGGGGGCGGGGCAAGCGUCAGCGGGCAGCUGGAAAAAAGGAAGGACCCCUUGCUGGACAGGGAGCCCAAGCGGGGGUUGAUGUUUGAGAUCUGCAGUGAUGAUGGUUUCCAGAUCCGCAGCGAGAGCAUCGAAGAGGCCUGGAAAUCUCUCACAGAUAAAGUCCAGGAGGCUCGCUCUAAUGCCAGACUGAAGGAGCUCUCCUUCGAAGGAGUCAGUGGGCUGCGUAUGCUGGGCGUGAUCCACGAUGCCGUCCUCUUCCUCCUGGAGCAACUCCAGGGAGCCCGGCACUGCCGCCACUACCGCUUCCGAUUCCACAAGCCCGAGCAGGCAGAGGAGCCGCCAAUCAAUCCCCACGGCUCCGCCCGGGCAGAGCUGCACCACAGGCGAUCUGUUUUCGACAUGUUCAACUUCCUGGCAUCCAAACACAGACAGCCCCCUGAAUACAACCCCAAUGAUGAAGAGGAGGAAGAGGUGCAGCUGAAGUCUGCCAGACGGGCCACCAGCAUGGACCUGCCUAUGCCCAUGAGGUUUCGGCACCUGAAGAAGGCUUCCAAGGAGGCGGUGGGGGUCUACAGGUCGCCCAUCCAUGGUCGCGGUCUGUUCUGCAAGAGGAACAUCGACGCUGGAGAGAUGGUGAUCGAGUACUCCGGCAACGUCAUCCGCUCUGUCCUCACUGACAAACGGGAGAAGUAUUACGACAGCAAGGGCGUUGGCUGCUACAUGUUCCGCAUCGACGACUACGAGGUAGUGGACGCCACCGUGCACGGCAACGCGGCGCGCUUCAUCAACCACUCCUGCGAGCCCAACUGCUACUCGCGCGUCAUCAACAUCGAGGGCCAGAAGCACAUCGUCAUCUUCGCCAUGCGCAAGAUCUACCGGGGGGAGGAGCUCACCUACGACUACAAGUUUCCCAUUGAGGCGCUCGGCAACAAGCUACCCUGCAACUGCGGCGCCAAAAAGUGCCGCAAGUUCCUCAAUUAGAGCCGACCCUCCCCCCCACCCUUCCGACUCCCUGUCUCCGCGCUCCACUCUCCCCUCUUUUACCUCCAGAGCUCGCCCGUUUCCAUGGCACCACUCUUCCUUGAGUUUCUGUGGAGGGGAUUAGCGCUGGGAUGCCUCCUGCGCCGUGUGACCAGCUAUGAUGGCACUCUGCAGCUGUAGUUGAACUGCGGAGGGGCAGGGAGGUCCUGGGUGUUUGCACUAGCUGAAGGCCUCUGUUUUGCGAAGGGGUGUGUUGAGGAAGGAAGCAAAUUAUUUAUUAUUGUGCCUCAUGUUUUUACCGUUAUAUAUUAUAUUUUUUAUCUCAUCGGGCUGAAAGACGAGUUUUAAAAGUUUCAAAAAAGGAAAAAUGCACAAGGUGACAAGUUUUUAUCACGGUAAGACUUCACUCGGGGGGUUUUUCCCGUUCUGAUUUAUCUAAUAAAACAAGUAAAAUUUCAGCCCCUAAUAGGAAGUCUUAGGAUCUUGUCUAAUACCUUACAGCUAUACACAUGGUACUGACUACUGAACCUCGAAAGAACUGACCUUCGCUGUUCAAUUCAAAUUGCGUAAUAGUAUACAAAAUUAAGCAAACAAAAAAAGUACUUUCGUUACUUUGUCAGAAGCAAACCCCCCCCACCCCCUUUUCCUUACAAUAUUUACACCAAAGUGCAAUUUUUGAAGGGAAAUGCAAGAACCCUUUCUUUUUUAGAGCAAAAAAAUAAAAGAGACCAAUUUGGUUGUAAUAAUCAGAGCCCUUGCUUCCCUGACAACCUCGGCCCUUCCGAAGCAGCUCAGUGUUUGAAUGUACAUUGCGGCCUGCAGAAAAAAGAGCCAUGCCGGGUCUGUUUUAAGAAAUAACGAAACUUCCAUAGCUUCCGUUUUUUUCUGUCAAAUAUUUUGUAAAUAUAUAUCCUGUGUCAGCAGACUAACAGGUCUGGAGCAGUGUGUGUUUUAGACACUAGAGGGAGUGCCAGUCCAAGCUUCAGGCGUGUUUUAUGGAAUUCUGUAGAUUUGCAUAGUCAUGCUGAUGUUCAUGGUGGUAUCUUGUGCACGCAUGCGAGUAAAGUGCAAGAAGCGCUCUAGGGGCUGCGAGGACAGGGCGUUGCUGGGCGGAGGUACUGGUGGACUUCACAGCUUUGGGACUGGGCUGUUUGACGUAGAAAUAUGAACAAACAACAUUGUACAGUAGCAGAGCCAGAUGGCUCACACCUGUUCACUUACCUCUUUGUAUCUGCUGUUCAGAUUGAGUGACAGACAGCGGGACAUAUGCUGUUAACACAUAUUGUCUUAUGUUUGUCCGUGUGUCUGUCUUACCCUAUGGUCAGGAAAUGUCAAUCUUUAAGAAAGAAAAUCGAUUCAGUUACAGAAGAGGUCCAAUUCAUUACCUGUGAUACUUUUUCCCUAGCGUUUCCACAAAUCGACAUUUGCAAAGAUAAAAAUUGAGACUACGUUGCUUAAAUUCUUGUUGACUUGACUUGGACUGCAUCAUUGACCUUUCCCUGAUUUCUACCAUUCAGUCAAGGGAACGACGUUCAUGCUUUAUUUUUAAAAAUGUAAAUAAUAUGUAUAUUUUUCUAUAAUCGAGACAAAAAACGCACUUGCUGGUGAAAAAGCACUUAACGAUGGUAUUUAUUUUUUUAAUGAAACGAGUUGUAUUUAUUUUACUGGCGCCUAUUUUGUAGGAAAGUGAACUGUUUACAAAGGCGAAAAGCUCGGUGUAGACUUUUUUAAAUGUAGAGAGCUGCCUUAUUUAUUUUUAAAGAAAUUCUGUUGUUCUUGCAUAUUUUGCAGCCUGAAUGUCUUGGUUCCAAAGACUAAAGUUGUUAUCCAUCCCCAUAGACUGCAGUCCACCAGUUGCUCGUGCUCAUUUUUUAAUUUUUUUAUUUUAUCAAUGUUGGUUUGCCUCGCGCUGAAGUAGGAAGUCGUUUCGUACUGACAAUUGUAACUGUAGAUGAGGAAAAAAACAUUUAAAUGACUUGUGUUUGUAUUUUGGCAGGCUUCUGUUUGUCGCAGCCUUUUGGCCAAACAGAACGGAAAUGAAACAUGCGUAUAAGCCUUUAAAUUCUCUGAACUUUAUCUUUGGUCUGAAACGGCUAAAGCUCAUUAGAGGAAAUGGGAAGUAGGAGUGGAACCUGUUUCAAGCUAACUUUGUGAAUUUGUAUCCAGUCCAGUUUAAAGGUAGAUGCAUAUUUAUUUGUUAGGCACAUUUAUCGGACAGAUCGUAUUAGUUCUAGUACAUUUGCAGCGCUGCGAAUAGAUGUUGUUGGUUACGCAACGAUGCACAUUACCCCUACACACAACCGGUUUCCACGGCGGGAUAAUAGGCAACACGUGCACCUCUUCUGUCUCUCUCUGCUAAUCGGUUUUCAAAGUUUGCAGAGGAUCUGUAGGCUAAGGGAAUUUUGAGCUCACAUUUAACUAAUAGAAACCCGUUCACAUUGACAUACCGUCUCGGUGGCUGUUUUCAGAACUUGUGCCUCCCGAGCAGAGAGGGCAGAGGAACCUUGUUCAUACCGAGCAGCUGUUUUCUUAUCCCCACCACCGUGGUAUAUUUUGUCUCAGCUAUUGUAAUGGUGUCUCUGUGAAAAAAUGUGUGAAGCACUCCAGACCAAGGCUCAUCUUGUAAUGGUCACUGUUAUGAGCUGAGUAUUCUAAGUCAACUACUUUCUGUCUCUCCACUCAGUUCUAUCGCUCGAUAUUGAAUGUAUUUUAAACAGUGAACGAUGGAAUGUUAAACAUGCAAACAGUAAUGUUAUUUGUGAACGUGAAUGACGUGUUAGAGGAACGGAACUUCACAGAGGGUUUUAGUUGCAUACAGGGAUAACAGACGGCUGUCAUCGGAGGGUGACUAGAUACCUAACUCGAUGUAAUGGAAACUGGAUAACAGCAGCGAUGCUGCUAAUCAUAGAAGGGCUUAGGUGGGAAAGGGGGGAGGGGACACAAGUGCUUUCAUUUUUGGAUCCGUUUUAAUGCAAUAUUGAGGGACCUGUCCCCCCUUCACGAUGGAGGGACCGUCUCCUGUUAGCUCUGGGUGUACAAAUGGCAGAUUUGAUUCUGUCAAAAGGAAAAAAAAUCCAUUAUAGUCUUUUAUUCACCUUAUCUUGUGAUCCCCACAGCACCUGUACAUCUGUAGUAACUCCAUCUUAACUUUCUCUCUCUAUAUAUAUAUAUACACAUACAUAUAAAUAGCAACUUAUACUUCAGUAUCUACAAAUUAUUACAGAAUGGGAAACAUAGUUAGAGUAGCAAACAACUGCUUUACUAAGGCAAAUUGCAUCUUUUCAGUGUACACUCUAAUGGUUUUUGUGUUACAGUAUCAACUUAGAUUGAGACUACCGUUGUGCAGCAGCUUGUAUUUUAUGGUCCCCAGUACCAGUUCUUCUGUGCCUGUGAGUGCUUCUUCUAUGGGAGUGCUACAGUUUCUCUUUUGUUUUUUUUAAAAGGAACGAUAUUUAUAGUAUGAAAACUAUAUCUGUAUAAUGUGGUUGUGAACUUCUUGAGGUCAGCCAUUUUGAUUAUUGUGUUUUUUAUUGUGGUAGUGAAUGUUUUUUUUUUGUUUGUUUGUUUGUUUUGUUUUGGUUUUUUUGUACAUUUUUUACAGGGAUUUUAGACCGCUUACUUGAUGUGGUAUAAUUCUGUUAAAUUUAUGUAGGCCAGAGGGAGAAGCCUUUCCCCAGACCCCCCAUGGUAAAACCUCCCACUAAAUUUUCUUCUGGCUGUCCACAUCUCCCCCUCUGCUCUUCUCCAACAGGAAACUUUGGUUUUAUUGGUGUGGUGUCUUACGUAAGAAAAUGAUGAUGAUGAUGAUGAUGAUGGUCAUGAUAUUAAAAGUAAUUAUAAAUUUUGGUUUUAUGCUUGUAAUGUUAGUAAUUUAUUUUUUGCUACUUUUAAUUAGUGGUCAGUUGAGUAGACGUCUUCUGUACUCUGCUUGAAGAGGGUGGAUGUGUACGAUUUUGGUAAUAUAUUGUUUGUAUACCAGUGCGGUCAUCUAAAGUAUUGGAGAGGGUUGGGGCUUGCGUGGGAGGCCUUGGGGGAGUUUGGAAAAGGGCCCCUUUUUUCUCUGGCCUUGAAUUGAACACUCCCGUGUUUUGGUGUUUUCCAUGUGGACUCCUAUUCAAUGCCUGAACUCCAUCAUGAAGACUAUUGAUGAUGAUGAUGAUAAAGAUGAUGAUGAUGAUGGCUACAUGUCCUUAUGGGUCUCUGCAGUGUUCUUGUAUUGCGAAAAUGAAGGAAAGACCGUUAUAACAAAUAAUAAUUUUAAACCGUACUAUAACUACUUAAGACUGAAUGUAAAAUAAUGAAAAAAGAAAAAAAUCUUUGUAAAUACUUGUAAAAAGUAAAGUUUCUAAUCAUGUUUAUUUUCUAUGCACUUUUUUAUUUAAGUGAUAGUUUAAAUAAUAAACAUAUCCAGAUCA